CCCUCCCUUCCCCCACCCCCCCAAAAAAAUAUUCUUGCAUGGGAACUUGGAGCCCAUAAGAUCUGAGACUUUUCAGCCCUCACCUGUUGGGGAGAGGGUGAUGAGAAAGACUACCUCUGGGCGCGUGCAGAGUUCCCCGCCGCCUCCCUUAGCUAGAGCCAGGCAGACGUCAUCUGGACCUCGGAAAGAUCAAAGCGGGAUUAUAUUCGGAUAUUUUACUCCUUCCCCAGCUCUCGAAAGGGACGUUGCUCGGCGCCGGCAGAGCAGCCUUCCGGGUUCCUUGCCCGAUUUCGGAAAGCCGGAGAUGGAUCUCCAGCAGCUCCGCCAUUUAAACCAAGACCUCCUGCAAAGGUUGAAAGCCAACCAAGAAGAGUUCAGGAAAUGCCUUCCCUUCGUGAUGCCUUCUCCCUCGGCGACACCGGAGCGCAAACGGAUGCUCAGUUCCGGGAACCGGAUCCAACCGCCGUUUGGUCCGGAUUUGGAGGGGGCCACCCUGAACGUUUCGGAGACGAGGAAUUCCCAACUGCGUCUUGACUCUCUGCGGAGUGAGAGACGGAAAGAGGGAUGCUCCCCUAGCUGGGGGCCGCCCCGUUCCCCCUGCAUGGUCGUCGUGCCGUCGCUCGAGGCUGGAAGCGGAAACGGGGAAACCGCCAAGGAAGAUGCCCCGCAAAAGCCACCCACUGCUUCUUGCCCCGAGUUGAAGGAGAGAACGGGGGCCCGAGAGGAGCUGACCCAAAACCCAGCGGAAGAGGAGAGGAGGCAGGGGACUUCGGCUCGGAUGCCCCAGACCCCCAAGUCCAUUCUGCUUACACCGGGGGGCAAGCAUGGCAGGGCAAGGAAGAAGAAGGAAGCCGGGCACGUGACGUUCGUCUCCGACACGGAGGAGCCUUUGAUCUCAGCGGACAGCAUGUCGGCGCAGCCUUUCCUGGGCUACGACUGGAUCGCAGGGCUGCUGGAGACGGAUACCUCCCUGUCUGAAAAACCCGAGGAAUAUUUUGCUGAGCUGCAGAACUUCCGUCAGGUGAACAAGGAGGCGUGCAUCCGCGACCACGGCUUCGAGUUGGAAGACGUGAAUUCUUCGGCCCUGGAUCAGGAGAUGGAGACAGAGGCGGCUUCCCACCAAUGUGUCUUCUGCUAUCGGUUGAAUAAACGCCUUUUUACCGUGCCAAUGGAUCCAGAAUCCGCCUGCCCCGUUUGCAAAACGCCUCGGGCUGAAAAACCACCUGAGACUUUGGUGGAACCAGCUUUCGUUAGAUGUUCUGAUGUCACAGGGGUCUGUUUUGCAGAGUCAGCUUCCCGAGGGCUACCCUCCUCCCCGCGUAUAAACACAAAAUCCAUCGACGGAAAAGCUACGAGAUGGAGGACAAUUUGGCCCUGCCCUCCCACUGCCUUGCUGGUUGGGAGAACCCCGUCCGAGUUUCCAGCCCCAUCGUCAGCAGCCUGGAUCUACAUUCGUCCCUGGAUUCUCGGCGUUCACAUCAGAACGCCGGCUCUAGAGUGGCAGGCGGGACGAGGACGGACAAACUGCUGGACCGCUCUCGGGUGGUGGAAUUCGAACUCGGCAGCGCCCCUUGGAAGCAGACUCACCGAAAGCCGCCACGCCACAAAGCCGUUUCCCAUUAAAACCACAUCCCAAUUUGUACUGGUGGCACCGCCUUUUUUUGCUGGGAAUGGGGAAACGUCGGAGCCUUCCCCCUCACUUUCGGAGUCACUUUCGGGCACGGGGCCAGGUUCGGGGGCUGGAGUCACAACAGCUGUAUCUUGAGAAGCGGCAAGCAUCUUCCAAAGAGGUGCAUCAGGGCAGAGAACUGGAUGAUAAAAGUGUAUAAAAAAAAUCAGGGAGAAAACUACUACAGAUAUUUAACCAUUUUGCGGGGACUCGGAGAUGACCGAUUGGCGGAGUCCGCGCCCACCCCUGAAACCCUCAAAAUGCAGAUGCAACCGGUUUUGACAUCCAGCCAGGGCAGAGUGUUCCAAAGAUGCUCUGGCUGUUGUGGAUUGGCUCCUUGUUGCCACGGUGACGCGUACGCAGCAUCCGUUCCCUCUGCGGUCCAGAAUCGGACGUCUUUGUGAGACAAAAUGAAGAUGCUGGUUUUGUUCGGUUCACUGCUGUGGCGUCUCCGAUACGUCAGCGGCCCUAGCCUCCCACUGGCUGUUGUUGGUAAAGGAUUACAGUGAUUAUAGCUUCCGUUCUAAUUUAUUUAUUUUGGCCUUUUGGAAGGCCAGUGUUUUACAACUCAUUUUCUAGAACGGAGAGAAUGUGCUGGUGCUUCUGGCCAUUGGCAACCCAUCUGUAGGCGAGCUUUUCUUUCUGUUAGUUCCCAGGUCUUGCCAGAACGCUGUAAUGGCUGAUUUCCCAUGCGAAUAUUAGAGUUGGAAGAUACCUUGGAGGCCUUCCAGUCCAACCCCUGCCUAGGCAGGAACCCCUAUACCACUUUAUAGGGCCUUGGUAAGGCCACAUUUGGAAUACGGCGUUUGGUUUUGGUCGCCACGAUGUAAAAAAGAUGCGGAGACUCUAGAAAGAGUUCAGAGAAGAGCAAUAAAGAUGAUUAGGGGACUGGAGGCUGAAACAUAUGAAGAACGGUUGCAGGAACUGGAUAUGUCUAGUUUAAUGAAAAGAAGGACUAGGGGAGACAUGAUA